CCUGUUGUUAGUUGAAUUACCUUAUUUUUUAUUAUGGAUAUAACUAAUAAGCAAUGGAAAUAUAUUAAUGAAGGGAACGCUCAUGUAGUAAUUCGAGUAUUUGGAACUAAUUUUGUAGUGAGGCUUACGAAAGGGAAGCAAAAUGAAAAUUUUGAUCAGUUCAAGAAGUCUGUCGACUUUGUUAAUAUUGUCAUGUUACCUUUGCUCUUUGGUGAACAUGCUUAUAAAGAAGAAAUCAUUGAAUUAUCAACAAGUGAUAUAAGUGUUUUGACUGAGAAUUUAAUGAAAAGUAGACCUGUAUCCAGGCAGCAAAUUGUCUCCUUUAAUAAGUAUGCAAUAUUAGCUCCAAAUCUAACAAUGUUAAGUGAUGGACUAGAGAAUUAUUGUAUUGAGAUAAAACCCAAGGAGGGAUUCUUAGCCAAUAGCUUAGAAAAAUAUUCAAAAUGCUACUACUGCUUAAAACAAUUUUUGAAAAUAACACAAAAUGAGAUUAAUAGAAAAAGCCAAUACUGUCCAUUAAAUCUUUAUUCAGGGGAUAGGGAAAGAAUGAAAAUAGCUUUAUUAAGCUUAAUUUUGUGUCCACAAAAUAACUUUAAAGUAUUUAAAAAUGGUGAGAUUGUGUAUUCAGAUAGUUCAAAUAUUGAUGAUUUACAAACAAUAAUAAGUAAGACACAACUUAAAUCUAUAAAUAGAUUAAUAGAUUUUAUUGCAACUGUAUUGUUAAGUGAUGGCAUAAGUAACAUUAAAAUGGAAGAAUCUGAACCAAUAAACAGUGUCAGUAACAGAUAUGAAUGUAAAGAACAAAAUAAUCUACCACCAAAUUCAUUUCUUUAUAAACUAUUAUAUUUACAAAAAUUAUCUGAAAACCCUGUUUUGGAUCACUUAAAAGUGAGCAGUAAACAUGAAUAUGAUUAUGUAACUUUAAUCCUUGAUAAAAUUAAAUCACAUAAUUGGAACCUUCAACUACAAGAACAUAGGACACCUUUUUUAGCAACUUGUUCUUCUGAAUGCUUGGCAAUGAUAUCAACCAUAGCCAGGGAUUGCUCUAUAAUGAUAGCAUUCACAGAGCAAUACUCAGGAACUCCGACAAUAUCAUUUGAUGAUUCCACAAUGUCUUACAGGAUUGCUGUGACAGAUUUGGAACCUAAACCAAUUAAGACACUUUUGAAACGAGUUCAUACAGAAAACAAACUCAUAAAAGUGAUAUCAGAUUUUAAAUUAACAAAACAAUAAUUAUAUCACAGAUGUUCACUAAUAUUAAAAAUAUUACAUAGUAUGUAAUUUGACAAAGACUAAAGAGUAAAAAA